GACGAGCCGCUCCUUGUAAGCAAAAAUGAUUCGCAUGACUGGGAUAGAUUAGCUCUGGUAAAACGUGUGCACAACUUACCCUCAGCUAUAGAACGGUAUUUUGCGCCACGAUUCUACGUGGACCCAUCAGAGCAGAUGGAUGAUCUCAUGAUUUUAAUUCACUCGAAUCGCGUCGCUGUCGUCUCUUUGGCGCCAUCACAUACGAUCGUGAGGGAGCGUUUGAGGGUUGAUCGAGUUGACUUCAGAAUCAACGAAUCCCUGAAUCGUCUCGAGAAUAAGGUGAGCGGCAAAUGGAAAAAAGGUGGUCAACGAGUCAAAAAAGACAGUUCCCUGUGCUAUAUCCAUGCGGAGAACAGGAUCUUCACCGUGAGAGCAUGCGUCCCCGGGGCCUUGGUUGAAGUGAACGCUCGACUAUGCGACGAACCAUCUCUCUUGAACAGCAAUCCUUUCGACUUGGCGCAUAUCGGUGUUGUUCUGCCUCCCUUCCAUCUGGAGACCGAGUUGAGGAAUACCAUGUUCAGUCACCCUGAUGCUUACAUUGAGUUACGAAAAGAUCUUAUAAGACCCGAAUUCCUCAGAGAACCGCAGAUGGGUCCUAAACCGUGAAAGGAGCUUGGUCUGCUUUUCAAUAUACCUACUCAGAGUUUGUU